GAGGAGCAGGAGUCAGGGGGAAGGAGCAGGAGUCAGUGAGGAGGAGCAGGAGUCAGUGAGGAGGAGCAGGAGCCAGUGAGGAGGAGCAGGAGUCAGUGAGGAGGAGCUCUCUCACCGACACCUGCACCUCCUCUCCACAGGAAACCCUCCUCAGACCUCCGUCUGCUUCUCAACGACCGUAACGGAGAUGCUAGAUCCUCCUGAUCCCAGGGAGAGAUCAGGAUCUGGAUCAGGAUUUCAUCUGUGGAUCCCUCCUGUCCGGAUCUCCUGCUGGACCCUGAACUCCAUGACCCCCAGAGACGGGGCUCCUAGUAAACACUGGAGCCUCCUGAUUGGUCCUCGGCUGACCGUGACCGCGUGUUUGUGGCUCAUCGACGUCUAAAGCAAACAGACGUCCUCAGAACUCAGGACGUGGUUUGACCCUUCCGGGCUUCUGUACAGUUUGUUCCUGCAGCCGUUCUGAGGCUCUGAGCCAAUCAGGAGACGGCAAACACGGAGCAGUGGAAAACAAACUGCAUCCACUGCAGCCUGCUCGUUCCACAUCCUGAUGGAUCCAGGAUCUUAGGAGACCCCGUCCUCACGCUGACCAGCCGGACGGACGGCGGUCCACACGUCUGUGCGUGACGUCACGGCGCCGUCGUCACGUGAUUGGCUGGACAUCCAUGAGCUCUGAGAUGGUUCCAGACGGUGAAGUCGGGCACAAUAACAUGGACGGACACGGAGUUCCCGGACCGCCCGGUCCGGGCUGGCAGCUGUGAUUUAGCCGGCACAGGUCUGGUUCCGGUUCGGAUGGAUCCCGCGCACAGAGCGGUACUCCGGAAGCUCCGCGCGGAACUCUGCAGCCAGCUGCUGGUCAGCGAAUCCAUACUUCCGGUUCUGUUCCAGGAGGGCGUGCUGACCCACGCGCACGUGGAGGACAUCGAAUCGGAACCGACCGACACGCGGAAGAGCCAGAAGCUGCUGGACAUCCUCCCGAACCGCGGGCCCGGAGCCUUCCCCGCCUUCAUGCGGUCUCUGGCGGACUUCAGCUGGAUCCGGGACCGGCUGCUGCAUGAGCUGCAGGCCGAACCGGAACCAAGAACCGCAGGGUCCUGUCACCUCUCAGACUCGGUUCUGCAGAGGGUUCUGUCGGAUCAGGAGCUGUGCCGGCUGUCGUUCCGCAUCGGCGCUGAGUGGGAGGUGGUCCUGAAAGAUCUGGGUCUGUCCGCAGAAGCCGUGUUCCGGUGCCGGUCCGAUCACAGCCUGAGCACUCAGGCGGCGGCGCUGUCCGGCCUGGUUCUGUGGAGACGGUCUGGAGGGAGGAGCGCCACGGCGAGGAGGCUGCUGGAGAGCCUGACGGCCGCCGGCGUGCACGAAUCCGUGCUGGAGGAGGUUCUGGCUCGGCCCAACAGCUGACAGAACCGGAAAGGAGAUCUAGAUCCUGAUCCGGGAGAGACCAGAACGCUGCUUUGAAUAAAACUUUAUUAGUUUGA